UGUCGAACUGAAGCGAAAAAAAAUUCGUGUUGCAAUAAAAAAUUCCAUUUAAAAGGGAUUUUUUGACGAUUUUCAUCAAAAUUUGUAAAUUAAUUGACAUCUAAAAGGAAAAUUCUUCAAAAAAAUAUCAAAAAACGAGGAUUUUUGUGUAAUUUCAAGCAAAAAACGUCACCGGCAAGGAUGUCUCUGUACCACUACCUCCAACAAAUGCUCCGUGUUUGGGACGAUUACAACGGGGAACGCAUCGGUCGUCUGUUAUCGCUCCAAGAUGUCCAUUCGGAGAACCGCAAUCUCUACAUCGAACACCCGGAAGCAGCUGUUGAACGUCAAAUGGAUGAUCCGCUCGCAGAAAUUGUCUCAUCUCACCUCAAAGUGCUGUAUUACAUCUCGCUGGACCCCCCAAACUACCAAGAGGCCUACAAAAAUCAAUCGGCUUGUGUGAUGUCUGUCGUAAAAUUACUCCAAGCAUGCAAAGAUCAAAAUUGGUCGCUGCCCAUAAUGUAUGUCGUGUGUUUAGACCUGCGACUUUUAGCUCUGGCAUGCGAAAAAGAAGGCGGCAGCGGCGGAAAACCCGGCGAAAUUCUCGAAAAAGCCGCCGAAUGUUUGAUGGCGUGUUUUCGUGUGUGUGCCGCCGACAGCAGAAGCACCGAUGAGGAGACCAAAAGACACGGGAUGCUAAAUUUAGUGAAUCAGCUGUUCAAAGUUUACUUUAAAAUCAACAAAUUACAUUUGUGCAAGCCGCUAAUCCGAGCAAUUGACAGUUCCGUGUUCAAAGAUCGAUUUCCGCUGAUGGAACGCGUCACUUACAAUUAUUUCGUCGGGCGUAAAGCGAUGUUUGACUCCGAUUACAAGGCAGCCGACGAAUUUUUGUCUUUCGCAUUUCGAAAUUGCCCCAAAAAGUCCCGCAAAAACAAACGACAAAUCCUGAUCUACCUGAUUCCGGUGAAAAUGUUGCUGGGAAUCAUGCCGCGGGAAGAAGCCUUGCGCGAAUAUAACGUUCAACAGUUCUUCGACUUAGUCCAGGCCUUGAAACAAGGCAAUGUGAGAAAAUUGGACGAAGUUAUCGAGAAACACGAGAGAUUUUUCAUCGAUUCCGGCAUUUACUUGAUCGUGGAAAAGCUCAAAAUUAUCGCGUACCGGAAUUUAUGCAAGCGCGUUUAUGGCAUCGUGAAAACGCAUCAAAUUGACAUGAACCAUUUCAUGACGGCGCUCAAAUUUGUGGGCAUCGAGGACAUUUCCAUGGAUGAAACGCACUGCAUUGUCGCAAAUCUCAUCUACGAAGGACGAAUAAAAGGCUACAUCUCGCAUCAACACAACAAACUUGUCGUUUCCAAGCAAAAUCCGUUCCCGCCAUUGAAUCAAGUCACUCAAUAAAUAUUUUUUUUUGUAA